AUGUGGGUCAAUUCCGGAACCGUCGGAAGGGCCCUCUCCAUGGAUAUAGACACAGACUAUGAGCGGCCCAAUGUGGAAACUAUUAAAUGUGUGGUGGUAGGGGAUAAUGCAGUAGGCAAGACCAGGCUAAUCUGUGCCCGGGCCUGCAAUGCCACCCUCACACAGUAUCAGCUGCUUGCCACCCACGUGCCAACCGUCUGGGCCAUCGACCAGUACCGUGUCUGCCAGGAGGUGUUAGAGAGAUCUCGUGAUGUAGUGGACGAGGUCAGUGUGUCCCUGAGGCUAUGGGACACGUUUGGGGAUCAUCACAAAGACAGACGAUUUGCCUAUGGCAGGUCUGACGUAGUGGUGCUUUGCUUCUCUCUGGCUAAUCCCAAUUCCCUGCGCCACGUACGCACCAUGUGGUUCCCGGAAAUCAAGCACUUUUGUCCCCGGACACCCAUCAUUCUGGUUGGCUGCCAGCUGGACCUGCGCUAUGCCGACCUUGAUGCAGUUAACCGUGCACGACGACCCCUAGCCAAACCAAUCAAACCUACCGACAUCCUUCCCCCAGAGAGAGGCCACGAAGUGGCAAAGGAACUUGGGAUUCCCUACUAUGAGACCAGCAUUGUUGCCCAAUUUGGAGUCAAAGAUGUCUUCGACAAUGCCAUCCGAGCCGCCCUCAUCUCCCGUCGUCACCUGCAGUUCUGGAAGUCCCACCUGAAAAAGGUCCAGAGGCCCCUUCUCCAGGCACCCUUCCUGCCUCCUCGUCCGCCUCGCCCCAUUGUGGGCAUUCCAGACCCGCCUCCCACAGAUGGCGAGGGCCCUGAUUCCCUUUUCUGCCAGCCACUGUGUACAGAUGUUCUUUUCCUUCUGCACGGUGGUGCCACUCGCGUAUUUGCACACAAAGUAUAUCUGGCAACGUCCUGCUCUAAGUUCUAUGACCUCUUCACCCUUGAUAUUGGUGGAUUAUGCAUGGGGCCACGGGGGGUGGAGCAGGAGAGCAAGGAAAACUUGGAGAGUGGAGAGGAAGAUGAGCAGAGCAGGAGAGGAGCCAAGGAGCAAGCUGGGCGCACUAAGAGCCUGGACAUUGAUAAAGACGGGGUAGAUGGAGGAGUGCGGGGCCUGCAUCGACCCCAGCUGCUCCAGCAGGGUUCUUUGAGGACUUCCCAGAGUGAUAAUGCGCUCCCCUCUCGAGCCCACUACUCCCUGGGAGCACUGGGGACUGGUCGAGCCCUUUCAGGAUGGGGAAGGGGGUUCCUGAGUGUGUGUCUGGAGCUUGUUGAUGAUCCCAUGAUGGGACGACCACGACUCAUGACUGUGGUCGCCAUGGAUGCGCUUAUACAGGAAGAACCAUUUAAGGCAGUGCUUCAGUACCUGUACACAGGCAGUCUGGACGAGAGCCGAGGCGAUCUGAUGCAGGUGGCCACCAUCGCAGAGCUGCUUGAGGUGUUUGACCUGCGGAUGAUGGUGGCCAAUGUUCUCAACAGAGAGAGCUUCAUGAACCAGGAGAUCACGAAGGCUUUCCACGUCCGCAGAGCCAACCGCAUCAAGGAGUGUCUCAAUAAAGGCAGCUUUGCUGAUGUGGUGUUUCGACUGGACGAUGGCUGCCUCCCGGCCCACAAGCCCCUGCUCAUCUCCAGCUGCAGCUGGAUGGCUGCCAUGUUCCGAGGCUCUUUCAUGGAAAGCUACAUUGAGGAGGUAUCCAUUCCUAACACCAGCACAGCCUGUAUGCGCGGGGUGUUGGAGUUCCUGUACUGCGGUCUGCUGACACCCUCUCCUGGUCUGGAGCCCAUUGAACUUAUUAUUCUCUCCAACCGUCUGUGUUUGCCACGCCUAGUUGCCCUCACAGAGCAGCAUGCUGUGGAUGAGCUUCUCCAGUUGGCAGCAAAAGGAGGUGACAUUGAUGGUCAAGUGUUGGCUUACCUGGAGCUCGCACAGUUCCACAACGCCAAGCAACUAUCAGCUUGGUGUCUCCAUCACAUCUGCACUAAUUAUAAUAGCAUCUGCCGCAAGUUUCCCAAAGACAUGAAGGUCAUGUCAGCAGAAAACCAGAAGCACUUUGAGAAGCAGCGCUGGCCUCCUGUGUGGUUCCUAAAAGAGGAGGACCGCUAUCUGCGCUCACAGAAGGAGCGUGAGCGCGAGGAGGAGAUCUUGCGCAAGCAACACACCAAACGGGGUUGGUGUUUCUGGAGGCACCCCUCGUCCUCUCCGCACGUCUCCUAGAGGGUUUUCCUCCAUUUACAUCUUCAUCCAGACCUGGGUCAUCCAGGAUAACUAAACAACCCCCCUCCCCAGCCCCCGCCCUGGUAUUGAACCCUCUAUUAUCAGUAGAUAAAUGACUCGUAGUGCUACUAUGCCUGAAUGUCAGCAUGUUUGAGGGAAUGUAUGUGCCUCUUCAUAAUUGUGGGUGACUUGAGUGCAUUGUGGUAUGCUUCUCUGACAAGUGUGUACUUAACUGAAGGUUAUGUGCAUAGGUGUGCGAGUGUAUGUUUGCGGUUGGCAUGACUGAGUGAUGCUUCCGAGUUGAGUGCUUCCCAGACGCCCUGAUAUAUAAGGGUCUGCAGUGGUACAGUGCAGCCGCUUGUCCCCUACACAAGAGCUCUGUCCCUGCACCAGCACUCCCAGUGUCCCAGCCUUUGAGUGAUUGGACUGGGAGCAAGGGCUCUCUAUUUAUCUCAGUCUCAUUCCUUCACAUUGACCUUAAGACUAUUUCUCAUUGACCACUGCAGCUCCUCUCGGGGAGCUCACCUCUGCCUUCACCUCUACGUAGACUGUUAGUUUGCACACACAGACUGGUGCAAAAGAUCCACCCCUCUAAAGCCAGCACUGGAUUCCCAGAAACCUGACACUUAGCAAUGCAAUUAUUAUUUGGAUAUUAUUUGACCGUUUUACAUAUUUUUGCUUAUCAGGGGCAAUGGUGCACACUACUCCCAGGACGUGUUGAAAACCAUGAUGCCAUUGCAACAAUAGGACUGUUCUAGAGCCCAGGUUUGGGUGCAAGGGCAACCAAUUGUUAGCAAUGUGGUGUAGUCAGAAGGCUUGAUCAUUGCUAUUAGCCUCCUGUCUAGUCCUGAAGUGGCCCUUGGUGUCCAUCAUCAACCCCUGCACUUCCAGCCCCCUUCUCCUGCACACCACAUGUGCAUAUAAAGCAUAAGACAAGCUCUCCUUGAUGCACCUCAGAGACAUUCAAAGUGACCACUCUAUAGCAACGAUGGGGCUAAAGAGGGCUAGCCUUACUUGAUACCUCUGCCAUUGAGGAAUGAUGGAUGCAGCAUUAAACAAAUGCGCUUGUUACUACGUCCAUGACCACUUGGUUGAGUCAAAGCACCUCAGCCAGCCUGCCUUUACACCCCUACACCACUAGGGGCACUGCUCAGGGCCCUGGCACUAACCUUCACACUAACUAACAUUAGUUUUUGUGCCUGUGAUUCACUCCAGUUUCAGUUAUUAAGAUCAGUAUUAGUCCUUACAGUGUUAUAAGAAAGCUAAAGCACAGUGUUAUUAGUGCAUUUAAAAACAGACGGUCACUGACUAUGGAUUUUCACCUAAUACUGGAUACCAAAGCUGUAAUUAUUUUAAUCUCUUUCUUCCUCACUUUCUUAAUUUCUGCUUCAUUGCUUCUUUUUUUGGCAAGAGGGGAUUGAGGAGAAAAGAGAAAGUGGCUCAUGGGAGAAGUAGGCAGGAUGAUAUGGGAUUUGAAUCCCUUCUCCUGGUGGUGUCUGUGCUGUCAGAAGAAUACGGCUGUCAAUGCUGGACAUUGCCUUCCAUUUCUCUGGCUGGAAUUGAAAAUGGUGCUUGAGUCACAAUGAGACAGUGUCCACAUGAACACACAGACACACUAGCUUUGUUAUGUUCACAGUUAAGCAUCUGUCUGGCUGUUUAGUGUUUACCUGCAAUGAACGGGCAGAAUAUUGAUGAUGGUAUUCAAAUUUGACACAUUUGUUAAACUUUAAUUAUUUUGCUCUGUCUGUCUAUAAAAGGUAAUAAAUAGGUCACUGAUUUUAACAUGUAUAGAUGUAUGCCUUUACAUACAGUGGUUACAACUUUGAAAUGUCUUGCUUUUGAAUUCAAAAACAGUGUGAUCUGUUAUGCCUCCUUGUUAACCAGGAAAAUUAUAUUUCCUUAGAUUAAAUUUGCGGUGUUGUCUCAAAAGAACUGCAUAUGAGAGCAAAUCGUAUUUUCUCGUUAAGAGUGAUAAUUUCUUGGGGCUUUAGCACUGAAUGUGAAAACGAGACCUUGUGGGGAUGAGUUUCUAUUUGCACAUCAUUCUAUUUGAGGGUUUGCGCCCCUUAGCUUUACCCAGACCCAACUAUAGGAGAUAGAUGGAUUGCGUGAGACAUGUUGUGUGUUCAGCCGUUCUCAAUGGGAGGCGUCUUAAAGUAAUUGUCGGCUACCGAAAUAGAAGUCAGACAGGAUAUCACGAGACCCAAGUGAGAAUUGAGCUGAUUCCUCUCUGAAAAGAGUAAAAAGUGAACAAGUCUCAGUCAGCAUUAGACGCAACCUACUUCAUUUAGAAUUACUCCACUGAUAUAUCAAACUCAUCCCAGUGCAGAGCUUUGGGAAUUUAGACAUUUAGAAACCUAAAGACGAAAAAGUUGGGGGACAGUUUUUGAUGGACUUCCAUGGCCUAGUUUUGGUUCCCCAUAGAAGGGAUGGCUAUUAUACAUUUGUCUUAUUGAUGACCCAUUAAGCCUCUUAUCUUGGUAUGUGUGCCUUUUUAUAGUUGGAUAAAACAAAAAACCAGCAACAUCGUAGUUCCAACCUGCAGACAGGUUCUGCAGUGGUGGACAUGAUAAUGUUAGAAUGGAAUGGUUGGUUGCUUUAUGCACUCUCAGCCAUUAUCCUGAGAGGGAUUUUUUUAGCCAACUGCAGUGAUGCCUCUUGAGAAUCGUAAAGGCCUGCUGCUUGUUUUUAAGCAGGCUAAAAUGAAACUUUUUUUUAAAGUCCAGAACAGUGGAUUGGUCAAAACCUAUGGCCUUUGAUCAGUAUGUUUUCUAGACUGGUAAUUAUUUGUAUGUAGAAGGACUCUCCACUCACCAGGUGAUUGAGAGGAUGCGAUUAAAUUGAGUAGCAGGUUGAUUCCUGUAUGGUAACUUUAAAACCACUGACUUUGAGAAAGCAACGCUUUUUAAUGAGCACUGGCUGGCCUGUGUGCUGGGGGAGUGCAACCACUUUUGUAAUGUGGUUAAUUUGCAUGGUGGCCUCACUUGUUAGAAUGUUGGAAUGCACUUUCUUCCUUUUUUUUUGUGUAUCUACGACUAUACCUUUCUGUGCUUAGCAUGAAUUGCUCCUUAUGUAAGAUUUAUUUUUUAAACCUGAUUGUAGCACGAUAUUUCCACUUCUUCUUCAGUCUUUCAGAAUUUCCCACAACUUGCUCAGUGAGUAGCUGAAUUACAUAACUUGUUCAGCUUCUUGGUUAACGUGUAGUUGGCUCUGAACCACACAGUAGCUCUCUUCGUGCAUUGUGGCUUAAUGCACAACUUUUACUAAGUAAGCUCAGCACAGCUCAAGGUAGCAUCACUAAUUAUACAUAAUUAAAUAACAUGCCUCGACAUUUUCUUGAAAAACUAAUACAGAGGAUCUGUUGCUGCUGUGCAGAAGUCGCCUAUGCUGUUACGGUAGUUACUCCAAUCAAUCUUAUUCUUGUGAAUUUUAAGAUAUUGGGCAUGAAACUAAAAAUCCAUAGAAAGCUAAAUUUUGGGGGGUUAAAACUGAAAUGACCGUAUUUAAUACAUUAAAUACUUUAUGUUUAAAAUAUAUAUUGCUACAAUAUUUUCACUUCCAGUUCAUGACAACUUGAGUAUUCGAUAAUCAUGGGUGUCAUGGGCCAGAAAAGGGAGUGACCGAGAUGCAACAUUGUAAACUGUGUUGGCUCAGUCCUCAAUAUUUGCUCCUCACUAACCGCUACAGGCCAAAGUCACAUGCUGCUGCUGAGUUGUGUUAUUCAUCUGGCUUGUCUUGUCCUAUCUUAACACGCCCUUUUUACUGUAACAUUCUCCUCAUUUAUCUUAGGGGGAGCUUUGCUACCUUCUUAGCACGCUCAACCUUCCUUAUUAAAUGUAUAGUCCUUUCCUGUGCCUUCAGUGAAAUAUGACACUUUUGGCUCUGCACAGGCUGGCGGCACAACAUCAAAGUUCACUAAGCCAAGAAAUACACACGUGAGCACAGAUGUUUAAUUAGACAGCUUUCUUUAAUGCACGGUAUUUUAGCAUAGUUACUGGCUAUUUGGGUCACAGUGCUAACUUCCAAUGAUAACACAGAUAUGGAGCUUUACAAGUUCAGUAUGUAAUAUCAUCGAUGCUAAAGCUGCUUAAAUUAGAAAUGACCAAGAAACCCAGCAAACCAGCAGUUUUGAACAAAUGUUUUUGCACACUUUCAGGUGCCUGCACUUUCUAUUAUGUAGCCUAAUACAACUUUUGUAAAAAGUACGCUAUGUCUUUAUAUUUACCAGUUUUCUUAAUGAAAAUUUAAAUAUCUUAUUACUUUUUCACUUUCUUGUGAUCCGUCUCUCUCUCUAAGCCAAAUUCAAUAGUAUACCCUAUUGCUUCCACUAUUUAGCUGCAAUGUACUAUGUUGACAUCAUGCAUGAAGUCAGUUUAUUCUAAUUUGGGGAACAGUGUCUGUGGACUACUGGUUGGAAUAAAGGCAGAUAUUUGCGGUGACAACUAUAUUUAUAUAUAUAUAUAUAUAUAUAUAUAUAUAUAUAUAUAUAUAUAUAUAUAUAACGCUUUAAUGAAUAUAGUUGUUAUCCAAAGUACAGUACAGUGUUGUAAAUCUGGAAUGAACCUGCUCACCAUACUGUAUCUACAGUGUUUAUUAAGCUUAUGUAUAAAUGGGAUUUAAUGGAUGGAGAGGCCAAGGAUAGGGAGAGUGUUUUCAUAGACAUACAUGGUGUGAUUAGCCCCUGGUUAUACUGUCAUUUCUAAGUGAAUCGUAUAUACUGUAUAUUAUUGUUAUGUUUGUUUCCAUUGACUCAUGAGUUUUAUUAACAUUUACUGCUCAUGUUAUGGUGUGUAUUAAAACAAAGGCAAAAUAAAGAGCACACCACACUCACAAACUAUUAAGGGCUUUCAACAAAAUAUACAACAAUCAGAAUGUUUUGCUCCUUUUUGCAAAAAUGUUUUGAAACUAAAAAUGUGUAAGAUUUUUGAACCACUGUGAUUUGUAAAACAUUUUAAAAAAGUAGAAAAAAAUUGUUUUUUUGCCAUUUCAGUAUUUUGAUGUUUGACAUGGAUUUUAUUAAAAAUGUUAAUCUUUUGAACUUG